AUGGGUCCCGGAAUUGACAUUGACCUGGAGGCUACGCGCCUUGCAAACAUGCAGGAGAAGCAGAAACUGCUCGAGUCGCUCAACCUGCUGCCCUCGAAGGGAAGGACGGGACAAAAGCGUGCAGCGGCGGCAGGAGAGGCAAGGAUGCCACCGGCAAAGAGGCAGAGAGGAGCCGCCAGUCCCAAUCCCAACCCGAGCCCGGGACUCCUGAGGACGGCGCCCAGGGCUUCUGCGCGCAUCGCGGCCGCGGCGGCGGGAGGCCGUUUGUCUUACCGCGAGGAUGAGAACACCAACGGCGCUGUCGCCGACAGAAAUACUGCCGUGGGAGACGAUGAUGACCAUGGGAAUGGCUCAUGGCGACGAUCGAAGAGUAGACGAGGCGCUCGUAGCGCCCGGCGCUCUGGUCAUCAUGACCAUCUUCAAAGGGCUCCCCUUGCCGCCAACUCGUCUCCUUCAACCUUGAACCCCCUCUCGUCGUCUCUAUCUCUACCCACCACCCUCCCCUCUCUACUACAGCACUACAACUCCUGGACUCCGUCGUCACCUCUUCCAACGCAGGACCCUGAAACAGACAACUACCACUUCGUCUCACACCCUGCCUUCCGACCCAACAAAUCCCCGCUGUCCAUCCUCCUUGAAGGCGCCUUCGGGGGCAGUUUCUUCUCUCCCUGGCUUAGCCGCACGCUAGGCGUGACCCUCGUGGACGACCACCUGUCGACGCUGCCGGGACCGUGGCUCGCGCAGCUGCAGCCCGCGCAGAAAUACCUCACCUCUCCGAGCUACGACGCCGAGCUGAACCGCCACGGCCGUGCGUGCGGGCAGACGCUCGCGCAGUGGGAAGACGCCGGGUGGAUCAAUUUCCGGCACGACGCGCGCGGCUGGUUCGAGUGGUACAUCCGGUUCUGGCUCGGGCGGCGGCUCGACGACGGCGAGGACGAGAGGCAGGUCGGUCGGUGGUUGAGGUGUGUCGGCCCCAAGGGCAGGUGGAAGAGGAUGCUGCUGAAGAAGUACGUCGAGAUGGGCGUGCGCAGUGUCUUUGACGACGAUGACGAGGAUAGUGACGUCCAACAUGAACGCAGAGUCAGUCCGGUCAUACACCAGACUUGUCUACAGUGGGGAUAUCAAGUCACACAAGCGGAUUUGGACGACGCAUGGGGAGAGACGAGGUGA